UUAAGUAAAUACUAAACCAUUCCCAAGAAAGCGAUGACAAUACUAACCAAAGUUCUGCAUUUGCCUGUGCAGUAUCCCUUAAUACGCGGUAUGGUGUCCUACGCUGUCAUAUGGCCUACGUGCAGCAUUGUCCAAGAGUACAUAGCUAAUGGGACUACUAUUGAGAACGCGGACUGGGCCCGCGCUGCUCGCUUUGGGUUCUUUGGGACUUUCUUCAUGGCUCCUGUCUUCUACGGCUGGAUGAAAUACACAAGUCGCUUCUUCAAGAACAAAACCUUAACGACAGCGAUAACCAGAGCGGUGAUAGAACAGGUCUCGUAUUCCCCUUUAGCCAUGGCCUAUUUCUUCUUCGGAAUGAGCGCUUUAGAGCUAAAACCUUUCUCAACAUGCGUAAACGAAGUGAAGGAGAAAUUCUGGCCAACUUAUAAGAUAGGCGUAGUUUUCUGGCCGACUGCACAAACUAUAAACUUUUAUUUCGUCUCUGAGAAAAAUAGGAUCGUCUUCGUGAGUGCCGCUAGCUUCGUGUGGACCGUGUAUCUAGCUCACAUGAAAGCAAAAGAACAGCGGCUAGAGAACAUCCCGAAAAUACUGGAAAAUAUAACAGACGAACACACAAGAAAGGAUGAGGAGACAUGA